AUGUUUGUUUAUAUAUUUUUGACUUCGAAGCAAGUUCAAACGGACCGAAGUUCAAGCGGAAUAAUUAAGACUCAAAAGCUUAUUGAAGUGAAGAACCGGAUCCCUAAUGAAGGCAGCAAAAUCAAAUCAGCAUCGAUUUUCAGUCGAUUCAACAACGUUUAUGUGCAUUUAGUGUCGUCGUCAGACAAGCCGCGCGCGCUACCGUUGUAUUCGUUCGCCGCCUGCGUCUCCGCAUGCUCCCGUCGCACGCUAACGAACCCACCCAGAGACAAUUUAAUUGAAUUACUUGUGAUCUCUCCACAUUAA